AUGGCUCGUGAAUCAUGGUCACAGGAGACUCCGGAGAAGGAACAAUGGGCUGUUGGAGACAGAUUGCUCUCUCCAAUUGGCGUCAUUGUUCUGCAUCACGAUUUCCAGUUGCUCUCUCCAAUUGCCAUCGUUGUUCUGCAUCACGAUUUCCAGGUGAAUGCUGCAGCAGAGGUUAUAUAUGACCUAGUGGAUCCCAGUGCAAACUUGAUAUUUGGAGCAGUGAUAGAUCAAUCACUAAGCGGCCAGGACUGCAUUGGUGCCAUUGACGGUACACAUAUCCAAGUUGUUGGAGACGACAAGAAAGCUCCAUAUUAUAAUAGAAAGGGCGUGACAUCUUUUAAUGUGAUGGUAGUAUGCGAUUUUGAUUUACUUUUCACAUUUGUUAUGGCUGGAUGGGAGGGUGCAGUACAUGAUACACGUAUUUUCCUAGAUGUUAUCCAUCGACAAUCUGUUAAUUUUCCAAAACCACCACCAGGAAAAUAUUAUUUAGUUGAUGCUGGAUACCCCCUAAGGAAAGGAUAUUUGCCACCUUAUAAGGGACAGAGGUAUCAUCUUUUAGAUUUUCGACGAGCUGGUCGAGGGAAUCACAUAGAAGAGAGGUUUAAUUAUGUUCACUCAUCACUUAGAAGUGCAAUUGAGCGAACUUUUGGAGUGUGGAAGAAUAAAUGGAAAAUUUUGAAGCAAAUGCCACCUUAUGACAUUAAGCACCAAAGAAACAUUAUAGUUGCUACUUGUGUUUUGCAUAAUUUUAUUAGAAAACAUGAUAGGGAAGAUGAGGGAUUCAAUUGGGAUGAACAUGACUUGGACAGACCAAGAAGCAAUAGUAGUGGAGAAGGUAGUAGCAGACAGGCAAACGUUGACAAUAUACAAGAUGAGGAGAUGAAAUUUGUUCGUGACAAAAUAGCUCGAUCAAUUUGUGGGUUGUAAACAAUAUUUUUAUUAUUUCUGUUUUGGUGUUUUGGUUUUUAAUUUUUUCAGAUAAGAACUUUUUUAUUAUUAUAAUGGAUUGUCUAGUA